GAGUACCAUGAACGACACCUCAAAAUUUCCAAAGAAGUGGGAGACAGGGCAGGAGAAGGAAAAGCGUACGGUAAUCUUGGCAACGACUGUCGCAGUCUUGGAGAUUUCCAGAAAGCCUUAGAGUACCAUGAACGACACCUCAAAAUUUCCGAAGAAGUGGCAGACAGAGCAGGAGAAGGAAAAGCGUAUGGUAAUCUUGGCAACGCCUAUUACAGUCUUGGAGAUUUCCAGAAAGCCAUAGAGUACCAUGAACGAGACCUCAAAAUUUCGAAAGAAGUGGGAGACAGGGCAGGGGAAGGAGGAACGUAUGGUAACCUUGGCAACGCCUAUGACAGUCUUGGAGAUUCUCAGAAAGCCAUAGAACACCAUGAACGACACCUCAAAAUUUCGAAAGAAGUGGGAGACAGGGCAGGAGAAGGAGGAGCGUAUGGUAAUCUUGGUAACGCCUAUUACAGUCUUGGAGAUUUUCAUAAGGCAAUAGAGUACCAUGAACGACACCUCAAAAUUUCCACAGAAGUGGGAGACAGAGCAGGAGAAGGAAAAGCGUACGGUAAUCUUGGCAACGACUGUCGCAGUCUUGGAGAUUUCCAGAAAGCCGUGGAGUACCAUGAACGACACCUCAAAAUUUCCAAAGUAGUGGGAGACAGGGCAGGGGAAGGAAAUGCGUAUGGUAAUCUUGGCAACGCCUAUGACGGUCUUGGAGAUUUCCAGAAAGCCAUAGAGUACCAUGAACGACACCUCAAAAUUUCGAAAGAAGUCGGAGACAGGGCAGGAGAAGGAGGGGCGUAUGGUAAUCUUGGCAACGCCUAUGACGGUCUUGGAGAUUUUCAGAAAGCCAUAGAGCACCAUGAAAGACACCUCAAAAUUUCGAAAGAAGUAGGAGACAGGGCAGGAGAAGGAAAUGCGUAUGGUAAUCUUGGCAAUGCCUAUUACAGCCUUGGAGAAUUCCAUAAAGCCAUAGGGUACCAUGAACGACACCUCAAAAUUUCCACAGAAGUGGGAAACAGGGCAGGGGAAGGAAAGGCGUACUGUAACCUUGGUAACGACUAUUCUAGUCUUGGAGAUUUCCAGAAAGCUAUAGAGUACCAUGAAAGACACCUCAAAAUUUCCAAAGAAGUGGGAGACAGGGCAGGAGAAGGAAAAGCGUACUGUAAUCUUGGCAACGCCUUUAAAAGUCUUGGAAAUUUCCAGAAAGCCAUAGAGUACCAUGAACGAGACCUCAAAAUUUCGAAAGAAGUGGGAGACAGGGCAGGAGAAGGAAAAGCGUAUGGGAAUCUUGGCAACGCCUAUGACAGUCUUGGAGAUUUUCAGAAAGCCGUAGACUACCAUGAACGAGACCUCAAAAUUUCAAAAGAAGUCGGAGACAGGGCAGGAGAAGGAAAAGCGUAUGGUAAUCUUGGCAACGCCUAUGACAGUCUUGGAGAUUUUCAGAAAGCCAUAGAGUACCAGGAACGACACCUCAAAAUUUCGAAAGAAGUAGGAGACAGGGCAGGAGCAGGAAAAGCGUAUGGUAAUCUUGGCAACGCCUAUUACGGUCUUGGAGAUUUCCAGAAAGCCAACGAGUACCAUGAAAGACACCUCAAAAUUUCCAAAGAAGUGGGAGACAGGGCAGGAGAAGGAAAUGCGUAUGGUAAUCUUGGCAACGACUUUCGGAGUCUUGGAGAUUUCCAGAACGCUAUAGAGUACCAUGAACGACACCUCAAAAUUUCGAAAGAAGUAGGAGACAGGGCAGGAGAAGGAAGAGCGUACGGUAGUCUUGGCAACGACUAUGACAGUCUUGGAGAUUUUCAGAAAGCCAUAGAGAACCAUGAACGACAUCUCAAAAUUUCGAGAGAAGUGGGAGACAGGGCAGGUGAAAAAAUAGCCUACGGUAAUCUUGGCAAUGCCUAUCAGAGUUUUGGAGAUCUCGAGAAAGCCAUAGAGUACCAUGAACGAGACCUCAAAAUUGCGAAAGAAGUGAGAGACAGGGCAGGAGAAGGAAGAGCGUACGGUAAUCUUGGCAACACCUAUUGCAGUCUUGAAGAUUUCCAGAAUGCCAUAGAGUACCAAGAACGAUACCUCAAAAUUUGCAGAGAAACAAGGGACAGGGCACAAGAAGGAAGAGCGUACUGUAAUCUUGGCAACGCCUAUUACAGUCUUGGAGAUUUCCAGAAUGCCAGAGAGUACCAUAAACGAUACCUCAAAAUUUCGGAAGAAGUAGGAGACAAGGCAGGAGAAGGAAAAGCGUGCGGUAAUCUUGGCAAAGCCUAUCACAGUCUUGGAAAAUUUCAGAAAGCCAUUAAAUUUUAUAAGAAAAGUGUUAUAGCCUUCGACCACAUCAGGGGAAAUCUUAUAUCUAAUGACGAAUGGAAGAUUAGCCUUGGGAAUUCGUAUGGUGAUAUUAAUUCGAGGCUAUGGGGGCUGCAGUUUAAGCAAGGUGAAGUCAUCGAGGCACUUUUAACUGCUGAUCAUGGACGAGCUCAAGCUUUAAAUGAUCUUCUGGAGUUAAAGUAUGGCCUUAAAAGGCUACGCUUAGAAACAUGGACACUAUCUGCAAGACCAAAUGACUUUCCUACUUACUUACCAUCAAAUACAGUAUUCAUAGGUAUAAACGAGGGAGGAAUAGUUCUCUGGGUGAACGAGAGAGGACAAGAAAUCAAAACUAGAAGAACUGAGAUCGAUAUCUCUGACACAACGUAUUUUCAGUCUCUGUUGGAGACUGCACGUAAAGAAAUAGGUGUGAUGGGUGGUAUUAAUUGUGAAGAUCGCUGUGUGAGAGGCGAUGCUGAUUCGAGAUCCCCAAACUUUCAUCCUUCAUAUUUUGAGACAAACUCAUUACAAACAUGGUACAAUCUUGUUAUAGACCCUAUAAAAGACUUACUCCAGGGCGAUGAGGUUGUGGUUGUUCCACAAGGACCUCUGUUCUUGGCGCCUUAUGCUGCUUUCUUGGACUUGAAAUCAAAGUACCUCUGUGAAACUUUCAGAAUUCGUCUGCUUCCCUCACUGUCUAGUCUUCGAUUAAUCCAAAAUUGUCCAGCAGAUUGGCACAGCAAGACUGGCGCUCUUCUCGUCGGCAAUCCGUGGGUACAGGAGAUAAUGCUACCGCAGUUACCGUACGCCGAAAAGGAAGUGCAAAUGAUUGGGGAAAUCCUUCAAACUGUACCUCUCGUUGGAAAGGAGGCAACAAAAGAUGAAGUUUUGAGACGAAUCUCCUCGGUUGCGUUGGUGCACAUUGCUGCUCACGGUCAAAUGGACACAGGAGAAAUUGCCUUGGCCCCAAACCCUACACGUUCAUCCCCGAUUCCAGCCAGGGAGGACUAUCUCUUAACUAUGAGAGAUGUUUUAAAGGCGCAGAUUAGGGCAAGACUUGUUGUACUUAGUUGUUGUCAAAGUGCAAGCGGAGAAGUCAAACCUGAGGGUGUGGUCGGCAUCGCAAGGGCAUUUUUGGGUGCUGGUGCUCGUUCUGUUCUGGUGUCCCUGUGGGCGAUCGACGACGAAGCUACUAUGGAGUUUAUGGAAUUUUUCUACCAACACCUAGUCCAUAAACGGAGUGCCAGUGAGGCUCUGAAUAAAGCCAUGAAAUCCUUGAGAGAAUCUGACCACUUUAGUGCAGUAAAGUACUGGGCUCCUUUUGUUCUUAUCGGUGACGACGUGACGUUUGAGUUUGAGGGCAUCGAAUAA